AUGAACAUCCAGGUGGAGGACAUCCGCAUCCGCGCCAUCCUGGCCACCUACCGCAAGCGGGUGCCGGUCACCGAGGGCUACGUGGAGGUGAAGGACGAGGGCAGCUGGAAGCAGAUCUGUGACCGGCACUGGACCAUGAAGAAUUCCCGUGUGGUUUGUGGGAUGUUCGGCUUCCCCGGRGAGAGGAAAUACAACACCAACGUCUACAAGAUGUUCGCCAGCAGGAGGAAGCAGCACUACUGGCCGUACUCCAUGGACUGCAGCGGSAACGAGGCGCACGUGUCCGGCUGCAAACUGGGCAGCGCCGCGCCGGGCGAGCCGGGCAAGAACGGCACCUGCGCCAACGGGAUGCCGGCCGUGGUCAGCUGCGUGCCCGGCCGCGCCUUCGCCCCCAGCAGCCACAGCGGCUUCCGCAAGGCCUUCAGGCAGGAGCAGCCCCUGGUGCGGCUGAAGGGCGGGGCCAACACGGGCGAGGGCCGCGUGGAGGUGCUCAAGAACGGCGAGUGGGGCACGGUGUGCGAYGAYAACUGGAACCUGGUGUCGGCCAGCGUGGUGUGCCGCGAGCUGGGCUUCGGCAGCGCCAAGGAGGCCAUCACGGGCGCCAGGCUGGGCCAAGGAAUGGGUCCCAUCCACCUGAACGAGAUCGACUGCACGGGUUUUGAGAAGUCGAUCACGGACUGCAAAUUCAACACCGAGUCCCAGGGCUGCAACCACGAGGAGGAYGCUGCCGUCAGGUGCAACGUCCCGGCCAUGGGCUUCCAGAACCAGCUUCGCCUGAGCGGGGGCCGCAGCCCCUUCGAGGGGCGCGUGGAGGUGCUGACUGAGCGUAACGGGACUCUGCGCUGGGGCACGGUGUGCAGCCAGGGCUGGGGCACCGUGGAGGCCAUGGUGGUGUGCCGCCAGCUGGGGCUSGGAUUCGCCAGCCACGCCUUCCAGGAAACGUGGUACUGGCACGGCGAGGUCAGCGCCGAUGAYGUGGUGAUGAGCGGGGUGCGCUGCUCGGGGACCGAGAUGUCCCUGUCCCACUGCCGGCACGAYGGGCCCCACGUGUCCUGCCCCAGGGGAGGGGGACGCUUCGGGGCCGGSGUGUCCUGCUCMGAGA